AUGAUCCCGUGCAGAAAAAUUCNUUUUAUUGCUGCACAAGCUGGAGGUAAAUCUGAAGAGGACGAAGAAGCACCUAAAGCAAAGAAGACCUCAUUCACUGUCAAACUGACAAAAUAUGAUGAAAAGCAAAAGAUACCUCUAAUCAAGGAAAUUAAAGGGCUUCUUGAGGGUAUGAACUUGGUGCAAGCCAAAAAGUUUGUUGAAGGUGUUCCUGCUGUGGUAAAGGCAGAUAUUUCACAAGAUGAAGCAGAUAAGUUAAAAGAAGUCCUAACAAAAGUUGGAGGUGUUGUAGAGAUAGAAUAAGUUUGUUAAGUUUACUUAUUUAGUAAUAGUUUGUUAUUUUGAGUUUUGUGUACAUUUUUUUAAUGUGUGUAAUUGGAGUAAGAGCAGUAAAAAAAAUCAACAUUUAGGAA